UUUUUUUUUUUUUUUGGAUCAGAAGGUGGAUUCUCCUCUCAGCCAUCUUGCCUGCUGCCCGUCGCCCUGAAGGCUGCUUCUCCUCUCUCCUCCUCCUUUUCCUCCUCCUUCUCAGCCGAAAGUAAACACGGCUUGCAAAUUGCUUGCAACUCCGUGUUAAGAUCCCCGAGAGAAGCGAGAUGGGCUCGCUGCGCCAAAUCUAACCGGAUCGGACUCCAAAAAAAAAAAAAAAAAAAAACAGACGAGGAUUUUACGCAGUUGCUGCUUGAACCAAAGCGGACGGAGGGGGACACGACGCGCCGGAGGGAUGGAGUACGACCUGUUUGGGAUUUACCUGCUCCUCUGUCUGGCUCUCCUGCCCCGAUCCAGUUGCACCACGGCCAAGGAGAUCACCUGCCAGGAGAUCGCGGUGCCGCUGUGUAAAGGGAUCGGCUACAACUACACCUACAUGCCCAACCAGUUUAACCACGACACGCAGGACGAGGCGGGACUGGAGGUGCAUCAGUUCUGGCCUCUGGUUGAAAUCCAGUGCUCCCCGGACCUGAAGUUCUUCCUGUGUAGUAUGUAUACCCCGAUUUGUUUGGAGGACUACAAAAAACCUCUCCCACCGUGCCGGAGCGUGUGUGAGAGAGCCCGGGCUGGCUGUGCGCCCCUCAUGAGGCAGUACGGUUUUCCGUGGCCGGACAGGAUGAAGUGCGACUUAUUGCCGGUGCAAGGCAACCCGGACACGUUGUGCAUGGACUAUAAUAGAACAGACUCCACCACAGUUUCCCCUGUCCUCUCCAAACCCACCAAUCACCCCGGUAAGGGUUAUAAUCCACCUAAAAAUAAGCCCGGUCGACCCGGCGCGCCUGGGAAAUACAAGCCGCCCUCCGCACCGUGUGAGCCGGGAUGCACGUGUCUGGAGCCCAUGGUGCCAGUGAACACGGACCGACACCCCCUUUACAACCGUGUCAAAACAGGACAGAUCACUAACUGCGCCAUGCCGUGCCACAAUCCCUAUUUUACGCACGACGAAAGAGCGUACCGCGUUUGGAUAGGACUUUGGUCGGUGUUGUGUUUCGUGUCAACUUUUGCCACAGUUGCCACUUUCCUUAUCGACAUGGAGCGCUUCAAGUACCCAGAGAGACCUAUUAUUUUCCUUUCGGCUUGUUACAUGUUCGUGUCGGUGGGUUAUAUUGUCAGACUGAUCGCCGGACAUGAGAAAGUGGCGUGUAACCGGGAGUACGACCUGGAGCACAUCCACUAUGAGACCACCGGCCCUGCGCUCUGCACUGUGGUUUUCCUUCUUAUUUACUUUUUCGGCAUGGCCAGUUCCAUCUGGUGGGUCAUCCUGUCUCUAACUUGGUUCCUGGCAGCCGGGAUGAAGUGGGGCAACGAGGCGAUCGCCAGUUACUCCCAGUAUUUCCACUUGGCCGCUUGGCUCAUCCCCAGUAUGAAGUCCAUCGCGGUGCUUGCGCUCAGCUCCGUGGACGGGGACUCAGUGGCAGGUAUCUGCUACGUGGGGAACCAAAACCUGGACAACCUACGGGGUUUUGUCUUAGCCCCUUUGGUGAUUUUAUUCAUAGGCACUAUGUUCCUCCUGGCUGGAUUUGUGUCUCUGUUCAGGAUCCGCAGCGUCAUCAAACAGGGUGGCACCAAAACGGACAAACUGGAGAAGCUGAUGAUCCGGAUUGGCAUCUUCACGGUGCUCUACACUGUUCCAGCCACUAUUAUAGUCGCCUGCUAUUUUUACGAGCAGCACAACAGACAGAGCUGGGAGAUUACGCACAACUGCUCCAACUGUUUACGGGAGAGUGACCGCAGGAGUCCGGACUAUGCAGUUUUUAUGUUAAAGUACUUUAUGUGCCUUCUGGUGGGCAUCACGUCCGGGGUGUGGAUCUGGUCUGGAAAGACUUUGGACUCUUGGAGGACUUUUUGCACCAGGUGCUGUUGGGGCAGUAAAGGCACCAGCGGUUCCAUGUACAGUGACGUGAGCACAGGACUGACGUGGAGGUCAGGCACAGCGAGCUCCGUGUCUUGCCCCAAGCAGAUGCCAUUGUCCCAGGUUUGAAAAAAAAAAAAAAAAGAAAGAAAGAAAGGAAAAACAGCUUAUGAGGACUGCUAAUUGUAGGGGAG